CUUAUGCAAGUUAUUGAUGAGCGUUUUAUUCAGUAAAACAAUGCCGCUUUUUACGAAAAAGUUUGAAGCAAAACCUAUUCCAUCCCGAUCGGGACGCUGCAAUAUCGGUUGUCCAGUGGUUGGUGAGAAUAUAGACGAGUAUAAAAGUAUUUCUCUGAGUUUGGGUAGUAAAGAGCUGCGCUUUGCUGAUGGUAUUUGGAUACAUACUACACGUAAAGGUGAUAUCGACGAAGUUGUGCGUUUACAUCGGCGGUUAAAGAGUCUCGAAGAGGAGAAUAAUAUGUGCAAUUUAAAAAUGGAAAUCUUUUUGGACCUAUUGGCUGAGCAAACAUCGGAAUUGAAUGUCCUCAAGUCUAAGGAUAAAUAAGUGUUUGAAAAUUCAUGGAAGAAGUUCGCUUUAUAUCUCUAGUUUGGCGGACUAAAUUAAGAAAUUUGACACAAAACAAAAAGAUGUUAACCUGUUUUAGGCCGUUAUGAUUUUAGAAUAAAUAUA